CACAUCUUUAUAUUGCAGCCAUUCUGAACACAACAACUUUGCGCGUAAUAAAUAUCUUUAUAAGUAAACUGAGGCCUCUUGAAAACCAGUAAGCUUGCGAUAAACACGGUGAUUAACAAGUGGUCAAACAAAAGCGAGCAAACACCAAGGCAGAGAUUAUUUUAUUCAAAUUUCGCCGACCCCAAAAGUGCCCACCCUCUUGUUUGACGUCACUGCCCAGGGCAAGCAAACAUGAAAACCCCCGUUUCCGCCGCUGCGAAUUUGAGUAACCCCAGUGCUGGCAGUUCCGGAGCAGCUGCCGUGCAGAUCGUACCGAAAACAGAGCCCGUCGGCGAGGAAGGAAGUGCCCCCAUGUCGCUGGACUUCCAGACCCCCAACCUGAGCACGUCCACUCCCAAUCCCAACAAGCGUCCCGGCUCCCUGGACCUGAACAGCAAGGGCGCCAAGAACAAGCGCAUCUUCGCCCCGCUGGUCAUCAACUCGCCGGAUCUGCAGGCCAAGACCCUGAACACUCCCGAUCUGGAGAAGAUCCUGCUGUCGAACAACCUCAUCCAGACGCCGCAGCCGGGCAAGGUGUUCCCCACCAAGGCGGGUCCGGUCACCGUGGAGCAGGAGGCCUUCGGCAAGGGAUUCGAGGAGGCCCUGCAGAAUCUGCACACCAACUCCCAGGCCUUCCCGGCCGCCAACCCCGCGGGCAGUUCGGCAGCAGCGGCUGCAGCCAUGACGGCGGUGAACAACGGCAUCAGCGGAGGAACCUUCACGUACGCCAACCUCUCCGACGGCUUCUCGGUGAUCAAGGACGAGCCCGUCAACCCAGCCGGCUCGCCCACCGUCAGCCCCAUCGACAUGGAAACGCAGGAGAAGAUCAAGCUGGAGCGCAAGAGGCAGCGCAACCGCGUGGCCGCCUCCAAGUGCCGCAAGCGCAAGCUGGAGCGCAUCUCCAAGCUGGAGGACCGCGUCAAGAUCCUCAAGGGCGAGAACGUCGAUCUGGGCAGCAUCGUCAAGAACCUCAAGGACCAUGUGGCCCAGCUGAAGCAGCAGGUGAUGGAGCACAUUGCCGCCGGAUGCACAGUUCCGCCGAAUUCGACGGAUCAAUAACAUUUGGAGUUGUCAGCAGGGGAGGAGAAUGACGGUGACGAUGACGAGGAUGAAGAAGUGGCACUGGAGACUGAAGCUCCGUCGAAUCAAGAACCCAUUCCUCUGGAGCUCUUGCUAAGUGCCUCCACGAAUGGCUUGGAGCUGGAGACCUCCGCCUCUCAGGACAUCUCCCUUGGCAACAGCGACCUGCUGGAGGAGGAUGGCGAGGACGAACGGCCUCUGGUGCUCUACAUCCUCGCGGACGAUGCAACCUGAAGUUUUGUGCCUUUUUGGGUUCUAGCUGCAAUAUUUGAAAUGCUUCUCAAGUGUUUUGUUUACUUAGUUACUAGUAUAAGCUACCAUUAAUCAAGUAUUAUCUGUGUUGAACGUAAGAUAAUAUGCAAUGUACUUUAAAAAUAUA